UAGAAACAGCAACUUCUUAAAAUACCCUUACUUUCUUACGUUUCAUGAUCUGGUUUUAAACUUAAAAGCCAAAGUAAAGGAUGAGAGUGAACACAGGAAUAUACAUCUAGUGGUUUUUCUGUGGAAUGAAAGUCGCCGCCUUAAAAUUGGGAAUGUAGCCCGAGACAAUUGCGCAUUGGAGAUACCUCGCACUGGUCGAGUGGAAUAAUAUCAGCAAUAAGUAUAAGAUGUUACAAUCGGCUCGUGUUUAUUUUCGGCUGUGUGCUAUAUUUAUAUCUGACAGUUAAUUAUCUUCGCGUGGAAAUAUUAACUUCUGUGGGUACCAUUCAGAAAAAAAGUACGGAUGGAAAAGGAUGCCAGUGUUCUGACGGGUCGGAAUACAUUUUCUGUGCGUUCGAUACGAUGCAUAUUUAAUUGAGUGCAUUCGAAUUGAACAAUUAACUGUUACUUUGACUUGAUACAAUGGCUCAUAAAUGGUACGACCAUUUUACAGUCUGGCUAAAAAUAGGAUUAGCUUUACAACUUGUGUCUACCAUUUUAUUUAUUGUUGGAUUUUCCACGGACGUAUGGAUUUUUGCGACAUUUCGAGAGGAUGCCAGGCGGGAGUACGGUCUGUGGAGGUACCUGUUCUAUACUUAUAGUUCACGGUACGAGGACAUGGGGGCUAUUAGGGCUAACAUAGGCAAUAAUGCCAUCGUCAUUACGAGAUCAGAUUGGUACCGUGCCACCCAGGCAAUGGAGUGCUUCGGUCUCAUCUGCAUCGUCAUCGCCACCUUUCUCCUUCUGCUUUACUUCUUUGUCGCCUCCUGUAAACGAAGGAAUGCUCUCCUCGCCACCAUCGUCUUCACCUUCGCUUCCGUGGGUUUCAUCGUCAUUGGAAUCGCCAUUUUUGCAUCCAAGUUCGACAACUAUGGCUAUGAAGUAGGCUGGUCCAUGGGAUUGGCCAUCGCGGCAGCCAUAUUGGCCUUCGUAGCAGGCAUCAUGGAAGUUUUAGAAAUUAAGUAAAUCAGUGUCUUACUUUGUCUCUGACGCCAAAUACACACGUUCCCUCCAUUUAAGAUGAGAAGAUUUGAGUUUCUACCAUGUAGCUCCCCGGAGAAAGCGAUAAGAGAUCCGGCUUUUACGCCGAAAAGUAAUACAAACUUGGAGGGUUACAGAUACAUGUUUCGAUGGACGAGAUUUUACAUAAUCUUUUGACAAACCAUCUUCUGACCAAUAACUACUAAUUCAGUUUAAGAUUAUAUAUAUUUACUCAAAAUCUUUAUCGAUUUGUUUUGUACCUUACUGCAACUCGCAAAUUGUUUUUCGAUCAUGAAUGGUGGAAACAGUAAAAUGAGAUAGGGAAACAACGGAAUCAUAUAUAGGAAAAUGACAGAACUAAAUAACAACGAUAACAGAAUUUUAUAGUAAAACAACAGAAUUAUAUAUAAAGAUAACAGAAUAAAGUGAUAAAGCAACAGAAUUAGAUAGGGAAAAGGGAAAAUCAGAUAAAAAAACGAUAACAAAACAUUAUUAGAUAUGAACAUCCCCGUCCAUAUUAUUUCCCAGGCUGCCAUCUCGAGCUUGAUUUGUGUAAUAAAUAUGUAUAAUUAAGGUUGACCCCCUGUUAAAUGUGUAUGUCUUUUGAAGUGCUCUAACACAGCUCGUUUUCGAGCUAACUACAAUCUGUAAAGUAAAUAAUUUAUAAUAAUAUUUAUACUGACAUAUUUUAUAGAUCUAUAUAUUUUUCUCUACUGAAAGUGCUUUUAUCAUACGGGUAAAGGUUACAUGUAGAAUACUUUCAAUCUUUAUUGGUCACAUAUAUGACCUUUUCCAAUACAUGAGCUUUUACAUUAUUCAGAUCCAUUGAUAUUAGAUAUAGGAAAUUUAUCGUAAA